AUCAUGAAUUCUCUAACCAUCAUCAUCUCUCUUGUCUCUAUUUCUCUCUUUCAACCGACUCAUGCCCAAAACACACCCCAAGACUAUCUCAACUCUCACAAUGCUGCUCGACAGCAAGUUGGCAUGGCGAACAUGACAUGGGACAACACGCUUGCUGCCUAUGCCCAAAGCUAUGCGAACCAACGAGUCAGCGACUGCGGCCUCAUGCACUCCAAUGGACCUUAUGGCGAGAACCUUGCCAAGGGCACUGGCACGUUCACUGGCACCUACGCCGUCAGUUUGUGGGUCACAGAGAAGCAAAACUACAAUUACAACACCAACACCUACGCAAGCGGGUGCGAUUGCUUGCACUACACUCAAAUGGUUUGGUGUGACUCAGUUCGAGUCGGGUGUGCUAAGGUUCAGUGUAACAAUGGGUGGUGGUACGUUGUGUGCAACUACGAUCCUCCAGGCAACUAUGAAGGAGAACUUCCAUACUAGGAAAGGCUUUUAGAGUGACAAGCUUACCUAUGGCCUAUUGUUAUAUGCGUCAUGGGCGUGACAUAAAAAAUA